CAGGAACCGUUUCUCUUUUACCGCACGGAAAACCAAAAACAUCAUGGCAAACCGAUCUAUAGGAAAGAUUUUGAGGAAUUUGCAGUUUAGGCCUGUGAAAGAUAUGAAAUUUACUUUUGAUCCGUAUAAAGAUAACGUCCGGUCAAUCAGAGAGGUAUUAUUUCAGUUGCAGUCGCCCAAAUUGAUCUCAACUAAUGAGAAUGUCAAUAUGAAACUGGACAUCAAGUCGGACAGAUCUGAUCCUCGCAUAGACAUAAACUUUUCUGAUGGUCAGAAACUGCUCUUCAAAACAGGAAAUCUUACUACAUUAGAAAUUCUUGACCGAUUAAACCAAAUAUGUAUAGACAAAGAUCCCAAGAAGAAUGAGGCAGCCCCCAUGACAACGAAGACAGCAAGGAGAAAGAGGUGAUGACAGCACAUGCUGUAGGGUACAUCAAUAGAGACUCACAGUGUCAGAUGACAGACUCACUGUGUAUGAGGUGUGUGCAUCAAGAGUGACUUUCUAUAAUCCUGAACCUGAGUUUAAUGCCUUCGAUUGUGCUACAAGUUGGAAAUAAAAUAUUACUGAAAGAAAAUGUAAACAUAGUAACCAUUAUUUUCUUGUUCAAGCAUGACUAGCUUCAAAUUCUGUGGACAGGGGAAAUAAGGUUUACACUAGGCCUCUGGACUUUAGAAAACCCACACUUGUCUAAGGAUGAACUGAUAUACAUCUUUAAUUGUAAAUGAAAAGAACCAGACAUUAAAAUUGUAUGACAAAGCAUUCAUGGCAGAUUCUUAGUUUGAAAUUUGUUUAAGGGUAAAAAUCGAAAUGUUUAGAAACACCAUGGGGUUUAUCUUCAACCUAAUUGAACACCAGUGCACUGUACCACUUCAAGGAAUAGGAAAAGAGUUUUUAGUUGCAUGCUUCUAUUAAAUGAAGAUAUGAACAAAAUGAAUAUGAUCAGUUACUGUUGAGGAUAUAACGUGAUCACCAGUGGUAGGUUUGAUUGCUUGUAUGUGUAACGUGAUCAUCAGUGGUAGGUGUGUCUGUUUGUACAUAAUAUGUUUGUGGAGUAACUGCAUGCAAGAGGCCUGGAUAAAUGCUAGAUUCUA